UUGUUACAAGUAAAAAUGGCUGGUGAGAUGGUCACACCAAACCAAUCGUCCCAAACCAGUGGAAAGCCCAUGGGAUCGAUCAGCGUCUUGGUUGUGGACGAUGAUACCACAUGCCUCGCCAUUGUUUCUGCCAUACUCAAAUCAUGGCAAUAUGAAGUUGUGACGGUUAAGCAUGCAAUUGAAGCGUUGUGCACCCUACAAGUUACGGGAGGCGCUUUCGAUCUUGUCGUGAUAGAUGUGCAUAUGCCCGACAUGAAUGGAUUUGAAUUGCAAAAGAAAAUCGAUGAAGAAUACAAUUUACCUGUUGUUUUUAUGUCAGCUGAUGACCAAGAGAGUGUCAUAUUAAGGGGACUACAAAGUGGAGCUGCAUUUUUCUUAGUGAAGCCAAUAUCCCCAAAUGACCUAAAAAAUUUGUGGCAAUACGCGGUUGCGAAGAAGAAGCCCAAAUCAGCCCAUAUCGAGGUGAUCGAAAGUGCACGAGAGACAUCAAAAACUGAUAAACGACCUAGCUCCCCUACCAAUGUAUUCUUACAUCCCACAGCUUCGGCAGGUCGCUUAGCCCCGUUCAGCAAAGGCCCCGAUCAUUCCCUAGUUCAAGAAACAUCUGAAAAUGAGAAAGGUUCCAACGGAGAAGUAGGGUCAGGAUUGUCGUUAAGGAAUGAAGAUCGAAGAAACACAAGGGAUUCGAAGAGAAAGUCCCCGGCAACUGUUGAAGAGGGGGAAAAUGAGGAUGAUUCUGGUAACCCGAAAAAGACGAAGAUUGUUUGGACAAAUGCCCUUCACAACCAGUUCUUGGAGGCUAUUCGAUGUGUAGGCAUUGAAAGGGCCGUUCCGAAGAAAAUUCUAGAGCUCAUGAACGUUCCGGGAUUAACCAGAGAAAAUAUAGCCAGUCAUUUGCAGAAGUACCGGAUUUUCUUGAAACGAGUUUCAGAAGCAAGCACUAAAAUCCAAUCUGCGAGCGAAAGGAGCAUGAUCGAAAGGACCUUUCGAUCGAAUUUCGCGAUGGCACAGCCUUCCUUGUUGCACAAGAAGCCCCAAUUCCAGUGUCUGCGAAAUCUGGACCGAGCCCCAUUGGGAAAAUCUCUCCAACCGGAUCUCUCUAAUUACUCCAACCAGAAAUUUGCUCCAUCUACCGACUCCCCACCUGUGUUCGGAUCCGGCCAAUCGCGCCUCCUCCUCAAUCAGACCAAUUUUAAGCAACCGUUGGCUGGUGGUGUAAAUCCCGGCCUUCACCACCAAGCCAACUCCUCUAGCAUCAGAACGGAACCAAGUGAUCAUCCAACUGGUUUGUUACUAAAUGGGAAUGGAAACGGAAAUGUUUCAGGUGGAAUCAUGAAUAGUGCGACUUUCAUGCAGCCAUACCAACAAAAAGAUCACGUAGCACUAGAGAGUGUCACCAAUGACCACAUCACAGGAUAUGGAAAUAUUGGAGAUUUUAGCAGUUCUAACCUGAACCCUAGUCCCAAUUAUCAAAACAAUACUAGUUAUGUUGGACUUCGAUUGGCUAGUGACGGGCGGCUGGUCGGAUUAUCAACUGAUUUGAACCCUAACCAUGGUUCGAUCAAUGUGGUCCAAAGUGAGAGUACAAGUAAUGUUCCUGUACUGAACGACUGUUUCGAUGAUUAUUUGAACCCUAACCAUGGUUCGAUCAAUGUGGUCCAGAGUGAGAGUACGGGUAAUGUUCUUGUACUGAACGACAUUUUCGAUGAUUAUUUGAACCCUAACCAUGGUUCGAUCAAUGUGGUCCAGAGUGAGAGUACAGGUAAUGUUCUUGUACUGAACGACAGUUUCGAUGAUUAUUUGAACCCUAACCAUGGUUCGAUCAAUGUGGUCCAAAGUGGAAGUACGAGUAAUGUUCCCGUAUUGAACGACAGUUUCAAUGAUUAUUUGAACCCUAACCAUGGUUCGAUCAAUGUGGUCCAGAGUGAGAGUACAGGUAAUGUUCUUGUACUGAACGACAGUUUCGAUGAUUAUUUGAACCCUAACCAUGGUUCGAUCAAUGUGGUCCAAAGUGGAAGUACGAGUAAUGUUCCCGUAUUGAACGACAGUUUCAAUGAUUAUUUGAACCCUAACCAUGGUUCAAUCAAUGUGGUUCAAAGUGGAAGUACGAGUAACAUUCCCGUACUGAACGACAGUUUCGAUGAUUAUUUGAAUCCUAACCAUGGUUUGAUCAAUGUGGUCCAAAGUGGAAGUACGAGUAGCGUUCCCGUAUUGAACGACAGUUUCGAUGAUUAUUUGGGCCAAGGAGUACUGUCUUCUACCGGGUUAGAGAGUGGAUGCUAUGUCUCUGCAGCGACAUUGGGUAAUGUCAUUCAAGAUGGAAACACUUUAACCGUGCCGCUUUCGCCUCCGAUUAUGCUGGAAAAUGCUUUUGGGAAUGAAGGAGAGAGUGACUAUAUCUUUGGCGCCCUUUUGGAUAACAAUGUCGUGACUAACAAUAUCCGUGAGAUCAAUAGCAACCCUAAUAUUUUCCUGCAACCGUAUGGCGAAUGUGGUUUUGGUAUUCCGAGCGAAAUCAACUUCAUUCAAACCCCAAUUCAGGAUGAUGUCGAAGUCCUCAAUUCUGCAUUCUCUUUCAGUCCUGAUGAUCAUGUGGAAAAUAACCCAAUAGCCAACAUCAAUAUUGGCCAGUAUCUUGAGCAGCCAUUAGGCCGUGAGAUGAUGUUUUCCGACUUUGGCAUCGACGGCGGUGAUGAGUAUUUUCCGGCAUUGGGCCAGACGUUUGAUCAGUUCCCUCAGCUUGAAGAUGAAGAUUUCCUGGAGCCGAUGCUGUUUGGCGCUAGCGAGUUCAACGGAUAUGAUAAACCCUAG